AUGGGCAACACCCCCCUCUUGGUCUCAGCUGAGAGAGGAUUCGUAGACAUUGCCAGGCUGCUCCUCGACAAAGGAGCUGACGUUAACGCCUCAAACAUACGUGGUGAUUCGGCCUUGACCUUAUCCGUUAGAACAUGUGGGUCGAAAGAUAUGAUCGGUCUGCUGCUAAAGCAAAAGUCUGUCGAUGUUAAUCACAGAAACAAAGAUGGCUACACGUGUUGGAUGAAAGCUGUGGAAGCUCUGGACUUUGACGCGUUGAAGCUUCUCAUCAAAUCAGGAAGAGACAUCGACAGGGACGUGAACAACUGCAAAGGACAAAUGAAUACAAAAUUAAGCACGACACCAGAAACCGAUAGCAUGGCAAUUAAAGGCUUUAAAGUCGAUGCCAUCAUAUCACUUCUCGAGCGUGAGGCCAAGGGCUCCCAAAGUUCUCUGAGACUUGCAGUAUUCCAACGCGAUUUAUACAGUAUUCGGUUUUUGAUUGAUUAUGGCAUACAUGAUGUUAAUAUGAAUUACCGGUAUGAUCGAGAAUUACUGUUUGACUUUCUGAAAGAUAUAGAGAAAAAACAAAGUAAAAAAUGCCAUGUCAGCAUAACUGAAUUAGCAAUCAUUAGAAAACUUCUCCAAACUGGCGCCGACGUUUAUCUAAGGAAUUCACGCAGAGCCGAUGAAGUACUUUUCAAAGCAGUGAACAUUGGCAGUUACGAACUCAUUGAUUUGCUGUGUCAACAUGGUGCCGACCCAAACACUCAAUCCCGUAAAUCUCCAUGUCAGAAUGCUGUAGCGGCAGCCGUAGAAAAAGGUCGAUGUGAUUUGCUGAAAUUACUUAUUAAGUACAACGCCAAUGUUCACUGUAACAAUUGGCCACUAUACCGACUGCGCCUUAAUUUUCUAAUAGAAACAGCUUUGAGAAGUGGCGAGGUGAAUGACAUAGAGCUGCUGCUGAGAAAUGGAGCCAGUGUCAAUGUAGAGGCAGGACUACACCUUGCAGUCACACACAAACGUUUAGAUUCUCUGAGAUUUUUGCUCGGUAAGUUUUCAGAUCUUAGUCGAUCCGCCAUUCACAGUAACAGCAUGGGUCUUAUUCAUAAAGCUGUCAAGACGGGUGACGUCGAUAUUAUAAACACACUGCUGGACACUGGUUCCGAUGUUAACUGUUUGUUUGAUGGGAAGACUCCACUGAUGCAUGCUGAUACACCCGACGUUAUGGAAUUGUUAAUCAAGAGAGGAGCAGACGUCAACAAGCAGACGGAUCACGGGAGACAAAUUAAUAUGUUAUUUUACGUAAUAUUUAGGGAAUGUAAAAAGCAAAGCCAGGGAGAUCUGAAACAAAAAUAUGGAGGGAAAUUCGAAUCACCUUCUUGGUAUAUAAAUUUAAAAGACAUGGUGGAAAUACUUUUGAGAAGUGGAGCAAAAGUGAACGACACAGAUUCUCAAGAACAGACACCAUUGAUGGUGGCAGCUAAACACUCUGAUGCUGGGAGUGUGUUGAAGAUUUUGCUCGAAGCUGGAGCCGAAGUGAACAAAGUGGAUUCUAAGGGUGUCAGUGCUCUACACGAAGCCGUGGUAGGUGGGUCUCUUAAAAAUGUGGAAAUUUUAAUUGAAUUCGGAGCAGACGUGAACCAGAAGUGCAAUAAUGGUGGCACGGCUCUGCACGUAGCUGAAAAUAACGAGGUCGUCUUGGAAUAUUUGAUACGGAAUGGCGCAGAUGUUAAUGCGCAGGACGCAAGCGGAAACACUGCAUUAAUUACUGCCGUG